UUCCAGCUGCACUGCCAAGUUUUAGUUUCGUUUUCACGCGACUCACCAUGUCGCCGUGCUGCAGUUGCUGCUGCCAUUUGAAACACCUUUUGUAGCUUUUCUCUACUUCAUCGAACCAUUUGAACGUUUUGAGGAUCCGUAUUGUUGAAGGAAUGGAAAUGAUCUUCGGCCUCCUCCUGGUGGGUCUGGACCUGGUCCUGGUGCAGGCCAUCAGCCUGGUGCAGGUGUCCCCGCUCUUCCUCCCUUACCCUGUGGUCACGGUGUGGGGAGCCUGCCUGGCUAGAGCCUGCCUCCUGAGUUUGGCCUGCACCGCCCCUGCUUGCCCACAGUGGGUGAGGAGCUCGGAGGGGCUGCAGCGGAUCUGUGUCCUGUGCUUCCUCUACCCCGUGUACGUCUGUCUCCUGUGUGUGCGGGGUCAGUCCGCACCAGAGGAGCUGUGGGCCUGGAGCUCCUGGACCCGGGUGCUGCAGAGCUAUGUCCUCACAAUGGUCUCCUGGCUCUACUGGAGCAAAUACGUCUCGUCCUUUUUACUCUCCUGCUGGACCUGCGUCUGCUCUUUUGGGAAGCCCAGUGAGCGGCGGAAGGCUGGGAGCACUUCCUCUCUGAGGAGGAUGCUGGGAUACAUGGCGCCCUAUACCGGGCGCUUCGUGCUGGUGUUUGCGCUGGUCAACCUUUCGUCGUUUGGUGAGACAGCGAUUCCCAAAUACACCGGCCACGUCGCUGACUGGAUCGCAAACGAAGACUCCUCCGAUCUCUUCUCUCAGACCAUCAAGAUGAUGACGGUGAUGACUGUGGCCAGUGUUCUGUGCGAGUUCAUCUGCGACAUGAUCUACAACGUGACCAUGAGCCGUGUUCACACUUCCGUCCAGGGAAUCGUCUUCCAGGCCGUGAUGCAGCAGGAGAUGGCCUUCUUCGACGUCACCCCGACAGGUGAGCUGGUGUCCAGAAUCACCACCGACACCAACGACUUGAGCGAAGCUCUGAGCGAGAAGCUGAGCCUGGCCAUGUGGUACACCAGCAGGUUUGGCUUCCUCAUGUUCUUCAUGUUCAGUCUGUCGUGGAAGAUGUCUCUGCUGACCCUCAUGGGGCUGCCCAUCGUCUGGUUCAUACCCGAGAUCACCGGACACUUCCACCAGACCAUAUCGGCUAAAGUUCAAGAGUCGCUGGCCAAAGCAAACCAGGUCGCCACGGAAACCUUCACGCACAUCAAGACGGUGAGGAGCUUCGCCAACGAGGACGGUGAGACGGAGCGGUACCGGCAGCGAAUGGAGGACACAUACGCGCUCAACAAACAGGAAGCGCUGGCUUACGCCGCCUCCACUUGGACCAACAGUAUGACGACUUUAGCUCUUAAAGUGGGCAUCCUCUACUAUGGAGGUAGACUUGUGACCCGAGGGAUGGUCAGCAGCGGCGACCUGGUGUCCUUCAUCCUGUACGAGCUGCAGUUGGCCAGCACUGUUGAGGCCUUCAUGCACUCCUACCCAGAGGUGAGGAAGGCGAUUGGAGCUUCGGAGAAGAUUUUCGAGUAUCUGAAUCGGACACCAAAAAUCCCACCAGAGGGCGAUCUGGCGCCUGAUUCGUUUCAGGGUCACAUUGAGUUCAAAAAUGUGAAGUUCUCCUAUUCUGGAAGCACAGAGGACAGCAGCCUUGUCCUGAAGGACGUGUCCAUGGAGAUCAGGCCAGGCCAGAUCACUGCUCUUGUGGGUCUGAACCGGUGCGGGAAGACCACCUGUGUCAAGCUGCUGGAGAGGUUUUAUCAGCCGCUGGCUGGGGAGAUCCUGCUGGACGGACAGCCACUGCAGCGCUACAAGAACCUGUAUCUGCAUCAGAAGAUGGCGGUCGUGAGUCAAGACUGCAUCCUGUUCAACCGCUCGGUCCGGGAGAACAUCAAGUACGGCUGCGAGGACGCGUCAGAUGAAGAGAUGGAGAGAGCCGCCAGGCUAGCCAGCGCUCACCACUUCAUCCAGGAGCUGCCAAACGGCUAUGACACAGCUGCCGGUGAGAGGGGGGGGCAGGUGGCCGGAGGGCAGAAGCAGCGCAUCACCAUCGCCAGAGCUUUAAUCAGACGCCCAAAAAUCCUCAUCCUGGACAACGCAACCAGCGACCUGGACACUGAAAAUGAGCAUCAGAUCAACCAGGCGUUGCAAGAGCUGGCCCGAGACUGCACCGUGCUGCUGAUCUCCACCAAGAUGAGCGCGGUGGAAAACGCCAGUCGCAUCAUCGUGCUGAACAACGGUGUGGUGGAGGACGUCGGCACCCACGGGGAGCUGCUGGAGAAGGGCGGGCUCUACGCUGAAAUGGUGGCAAAGCAGAACAUGGGCUUCCACCGACAGGCAGAGUAGAAGACGGAUGCUGCCUGACACGGCAGCUGCUGUGGGACUGAAACCUUUGCAGAGGCUAACGUUACUCUCACAAUGUUCCUCAACAUGUCGGUGGAUAGAAACGCUGGUUGAUGGUUCGAUGAUCAUCUGACUUUUGAUCUGAAUGGCUUUAAGGUUUUUUGCGUGAUUCCAGUCAUUAUGGACUCACCCUAAACCCGUCUGAGUCACAACAAUUUUAGCAGUUAUUCCAUGGUGCAGGCUUCAUUCAGUAUUCAUUCAGAAUACUGACAAAUAUUUUAUUUUAUUUUAUUCCAAAACACUUCCCUAGUUGGUGGGCUCCCCACUGACCAUGGCAAUAAAUUACAUUCUGAUUCUGAUUCUAAAAGUAUACAGAUGACAGUUUUAAUUUAUAGGAAGUUUCUGAAGGGACAGGGCCACUUUUUUUUGGUUUUACAUGAGGCAGAACUUGUUGAUUUAAUUCAACAUUUGUUGUUUUGGUUGCCAUUCUGCUGUUUUGAGGCUUUUGUUUCCAUGAAGUUGCUCUUCAUUUAACGUGAUGAGUUUUAGUACAUUAAAAAAAGGAAUUGCGAUGGAUGACUGUUUUUUAUUGUCUUGAGCUGAGCCGUUCUUGUUUGAUCUACCUGAAGAAAGCAAAAGAUGUCUGGGCUGCUUUACCUGCACUGCUGCCCCAGCGACCCGAUCAUCUCCCCACAGAAAAAUAUAUUCACCUUUUUUGUUUGUGAUUUCUGCUUACUUCAAAUGUGAACAAAU